UAUGAAGAUGCACAAAUUGGAGCCUUGGUCAGUAUUCUAGCAGCAGAGAGCGAGCAAGGAGUUGGGAGAACGGAGAAGCAUGGCGAAUGUGAAUGAGUACGGUGCGAUCGCCGGAAUGGUUUCAGCGCAGGCGAUCAUCGCCAACAUGUUGCUCCUCUCCCGCUACCUCUUCACCCACGGCAUGAGUUUCUACGCCUUCGUCUUGUACCGCCAGAUGACCUCAACCCUCGUCAUCGCCCCUAUUGUUUUCUGUCUCAACAGAAGGAGGAGGCCUUGCUUUCGGUGGAAGAAUGUGAAGCAGAUCUUUCUACUUGCGUUAACGUCUUUUCACUCUUGUCAUUAAAAAAGGCAGCCCGAUGCACGAAGCUCUUACAAUGCGGGGUUCCAGAGAAGGAUUCAUUAGUAACAUUGACUCAAAUUUUGCAUAAUGCUGGUACCGCUCUCACUUCAUCUUUGUUGGUACUACGAACAAUCUCACACCUUCAAUUACUUUCUUGCUAGCUUAUCUCCUCAGGUGACUAUGUUGUUACAAUUUAAUGCCUUAAUUUGGAACAUAACUAUUGUGCAUCGGGCUUGCACAAUGAUUUCCUAUGAAGGCCCCUUGCAAAGUCAUUGGAUCUAUGUAAUCUGAGUGGAUUCAUCAAGUCCUUUAUGCAACGCAUGACUUUAUUGGAGAAGUUAAAUAUAAUGAAAAGGGAUGGGCAAGCUAAGAUCCUUGGCAUAAUGCUAGGUUUAGGAGGGGCAAUGGUGAUGACCUUCUUCAAGGACCAUCAUGAAAGCCAACAUCUACGACAAUUAGGAUUAAACAUGGAGCCAUUUCCCUUGUCUCCAGUGCUCAAAUUCCUUGGUCAAAGUGGUGGUAGCUUCAUAUUGGGAGCCUUUAUUACCAUCAUUGGGUGUUCCUCCUACUCAGCUUUUCUACUUUACCAGAGGAUGAUUAUUUUGGAGACUGAAUGUUCACAGGAAACAAUAAUUGAAGAAUACCCUUGUAAACUCUCCCUCUCGUUCCUGAUCAACUUAAUGGGCACCCUCCAGUGUGCAGUUGUUUCACUCAUAUUGGAGAAGCCAUCAGCCCUAAAAUUGCAGUGGGACAUGCAGCUCCUUCUCAUAGUUUUCAGUGGGAUUUUCAUGGGUGCUGAAAAAUUCAUUAUAAUAAUGUGUGUGAAGGCAAAGGGUGCAGUCUAUGUUGCAGCUUUCAAUCCCCUGACUACUGCCAUUCUUGAGCCUUUGCUACUGCAUGAACAACUCACCUGGAGCAGCUUGACAGGCAUGACAAUGGUUAUUGCGGGCCUUUACUUGUUCAUCUGGGUGAAGGCUAAGGGAACACCUCCUGACUCUGGCAAACAUGAAGAUCCAAGAGAAACAUGGAACACUAACACUCAAGUAUCAAGCAACCAACAGCCCUUGUUAGCCACAACCAUUUUAUAAAUGCAUUUAUGUUAAAUUAGGUUAUAUUAAGAUAAUAUAAAAUUUAUUUAAAUAUA